AAUGAUGAAUUCCAGCCUGGGAGAUCUGGAUGCUACAGAGAACUAUUAUGGGUAUAACGAUACCAUUGACUCGUUUGAGUACACAGAAGAGAUGCCCCCUUCUGUUUUAGGAUGGAUUGCUUUGAUAGGCAUUACUUUAAUGGCCUGUUGUAUUGGAUUUAUGGGCAAUGGCUACAUCAUCUGGCUACUUGGCUUCCAGAUGAAGAGGAACCGUUUCACCACAUUCAUCCUUCACUUGGCCAUUGCAGACUUUGGGUUCCUCAUGUCUGUAGUUAUAUAUAAUAUAUAUGGAUUUAUUGAGUUUGAAGGAAGCACAAUUUUCUACAUCAUCUGUGCCUUUUUCUUCCAAAUGAUGCAUUUCAACAGUCACUUCCUUCUGACGGCCAUCAGCAUUGACCGGUGUGUGGCUGUCCUCUUCCCAAUCUGGCAUCACUGUUCCCGGCCAAAACGUUUGUCCUCCAUGGUGUGUGUCCUCCUGUGGAUCGCUUCUUUCCUCCUGAGUGGAAUUAUGAAGAUUAUGACUUUCACAAAAGUCAUUGUAAAUGACAGACUGUCUGUACUCCAUUUCCUUGUGACUGCUAUAGUUUGCCUUCCGCUGAUCACACUUUCCACUGGGGUCCUUUUCAUCAAGCCCACUGAGAUGGAUGAAUCAAAUUUCCUUUCGGGUUAUCUACCUAUAUUUGAAAAGACUCUUGAUGUUAAGGAGCAAAUGAUUUACAAUAAGGAGAUGGAGGAUUUUACCCCAGAAGGACAAGCUGACUUGCAGACACCAUCUGACUUUUUGACAGAGAAAAAACUAACAGAAGAAGAACAAUACUUGAUCAAAAAGGACUAUACAUCAUCUUAGCUACAACCUACUAAGAAAAUAAUGCCAAUUAAAUUUUAUGCAACUUUAAAAAAGAUGGAAAACGACAUUCAGCUACGAGUUAUUGAGAACAGCUACAAUUCCUAUAUCAGCUUAAUAAAAUAGAUAAUGAGAGACUCACUUUUGGUGUACGUGUUAUGACAAGAGAUAAUGGGAGAUCUAUUUGAGGAAUUAGAGACUCUAUUAUGGAAACCCAUUUGAAAUAGAAAGAAACAGAAUAAGAUAUAAAUAUUGAAUUUAAGAUUACAGUGAUGGGUGGUAAAGGAUUUAUAGUGACUUGGACUGAUUUGGAAGUGGAUUUUGUCAAAAGGGAAGUCAUUAUGAAAAGAUUUAGACUUUAAUAUUGAAAUACAGUAAGAAUAUGUUUCUUGGAAUGAUAGAUCUUUUUUUUCUCUCUCUCCCUUUUUUCUUUUCCUUUCCACUUUCUUUCUUCGUUUCAUCUCCUUGGUUUAUCUAUAUUCCCUUUCCUUCGUGUUAUUUUUUCUUUUUCUUUCUUAGUAUUUUUUAUGUGUUUUUAAUAAUAGGGGUGGCAUAAUGAGAAAAAGAUUGAAAUAAUGGAAGAAAUGAAAUUAAUAAUUGGAGAAUUAUUGAAUAAGAAUAGAAUAUAGUUUAGAGAUGUAAGAAUUUAGUUAUGGAAAUAAUAUGUUUAAAUAAGAGAAACUUGGGGUACCUGAAUAGUAUAUAAAUGUGUUAAAGUUUAAAUGUUUGAAAAAUUAAUAAAGCGUAAAACAGGAUCUUAUGGGAUAGAUAAUGAGCUUUUGAAAAUUUGUAUUGAUUAAUGGAAUCUAUAUGGAGUGAUAUAUUAAUGAAUGAAUUUGUUUUAGAAAUGUAUUA